UACGCACUGUCUUCCGUGACUCAGGAGUGUCCAUGGUGCAGAAUCGGGUGCCAUAGCACAUCCAUAGACGUGGCCGUCGUAUGCUGUGCUGCGUUCGCUCGGCUGGCGCAGUGUCCCGUGUGGAGCGAGAGAGGGCGAAGUUUACUCUGCCUGCAUUGCAGCCUGAGCGCUGCUGGAAUCGAACACAACAAUGGCGUCUCCCAGUUCCAACAGCAACUCAACAACCUCCAACAGCAACAUCGCAGGAUCCACCUCGCACCAUCAUCACCCGCAAACACAACACAUGACCACCGUCAGCAACAUGCAAGAAAUCAACACGUGCUGGAGGUGUCAAAAUGAAACAGGGUUUCAGAUAAGCCUGUCUGGAGUGCCCCAAAGUAAACGUAAAGCCCUGAAGCUGAACUUCGCCAACCCUCCAGUGAAGCCAGCUACCAGGUUGCCCCUCAAUCCCUCACCUUCAACUGCCCCCUCCUUCCAGAACCCACACAUAGAGCGUAUGAGGACACACAGUAUCGAGUCGUCGGGGAAGCUGAAGAUUUCUACAGAGAAUGCCUGUGACUUCACGGCCGAGGACCUGAGGGACCUGGGGGAGAUCGGCCGCGGGGCCUACGGCUCCGUCAACAAGAUGCAGCACAAACCCAGUGGACAGAUCAUGGCCGUCAAGAGGAUCCGUUCCACGGUGGAUGAGAAGGAGCAGAAGCAGCUGCUGAUGGAUCUAGACGUUGUGAUGAGGAGUAGUGACUGUCUCUAUAUCGUCCAGUUUUACGGAGCUCUCUUCAGAGAGGGCGACUGUUGGAUAUGUAUGGAACUAAUGUCUACCUCAUUCGACAAAUUCUACAAAUAUGUAUAUUGUUCGUUAGAUGACGUCAUUCCAGAGGAAAUAUUAGGCAAAAUCACAUUAGCAACCGUUAAAGCACUGAACCACUUAAAAGAAAACUUGAAAAUAAUUCACAGAGACAUCAAACCUUCCAACAUUCUCAUGGAUCGUAACGGUAACAUCAAGCUGUGUGACUUUGGCAUCAGCGGCCAGCUGGUGGACUCAAUAGCCAAGACCAGAGACGCAGGCUGCAGACCCUACAUGGCGCCGGAGAGGAUAGACCCCAGUGCUUCCAGACAAGGCUACGACGUCCGAUCAGACGUGUGGAGUUUGGGGAUAACCCUGUACGAGCUUGCCACCGGCAGGUUCCCCUACCCCAAGUGGAAUAGUGUGUUUGAUCAGCUGACCCAGGUGGUGAAGGGCGAGCCGCCCCAGCUCUGCAACUCUGAAGACAGGCAGUUCUCCCCCAAGUUCAUCAACUUUGUCAACUUAUGCCUUACAAAGGAUGAGUCAAAACGGCCAAAGUACAAGGAGCUCCUGAAACACCCGUUCAUCCUGAUGUAUGAGGAGAGGUGUGUGGAUGUGGCCAGCUACGUGUGUCGCAUCCUGGACCAGAUCCCAGCGUCCCCCAUCUCACCCAUGUACCUGGACUGACUGUGGGGGACACUUUACACCGCAACACACAUGCCGGGGGGGGGCAGUACACCGCAUGACAUCUUAGCCCUCGGAUACAGAGUUACAAUAGUAUCAUCUGUUUGUUUCCAUGUUCCAAAGAACACGAGAACAAUUUCAUAUAAAAAAUGUAUCGCCCUGUGCAAUACGAUAAUACACACACACUCACGCUUGUUCAGUGUCAAUUAAAAUAUCUAGAUUAUCCUCCAGUCUUCAGACAGCUAAACUUGAAGACAUUCAGUUGGCUCAACGUAUGUAUGACGUUCAUCUUUUUUUUAUGUGCUAGAAAAAAGGGUUAGAGUACAUAUACUGUAUAUGUACAGGUGUGUGUAUGUAUAUAAAUAUAUAUAUUAGUACCAGUCAAAAGUCUGGACGCCUACUCAUUCCAAGGGUUUUGUUUAUUUUAACAAUUUUCUACAUGGUAGAAUAAUAGGGAAGAUAUCAAACUAUGAAAUAACACUUAUGGAAUCAUGUAAUAACCAAAACAUGUGUUAAACAAUAAAACAUUUGUUUUUGUUUUUUUGUUUUGAGAUUCUUCAAAGUAGCCACCCUUUGCCUUGAUGACAGCUUUGCACACUCUUGGCAUUCUCUCAACCAACUUCAUGAGGUAGUCACCUGGAAUGUAUUUUAAGUGUCUCUACUUUUACUGGUACUAUAUAUUUACGCACACACACAUACUUGAAAAUCGAUGUAAACGAAUACAGAAGUUACCAAAUAAACAUGUUGGAAAGUGAUGCUCAUAACAUGAACAAAAUAGUAUUAUAUUUGGAUUGUAUGUGAUGGACUGUUUGUGUGCUCACUUCUAUGUCGUCAGAAAAUGUACAGAUGUAUGCAGACAGACUUGUCUAAGUGAGACGCACGUGUCACACAGUACGUUAUGGCCACCUACACUCAUUGUAAAUGAAUGGGUCUGAUGAUGCAAAAGUUUGAAACACAAAUCGAUGGUGUUAAUGUGGCUUUAUUUUCUUAAUAUGCAAUUUACAGUAUGACUGUUCUGUCAUCACAUAAUUAACGUAAAAAAAACUAAAUGUUGUUCCACUCUCUGCAAAAUGUAAAAUUUACAGUAGGAUUGUAAGACUUUUGUCCACAAUCGUAUAUCUGUAUGUACAUCUCAAAACAGUCUGCUAUUAUACACCAGUUCUGUUCAGUAGUUAGUAGUGCGGACGCACACAGCAAAGUUUGCUGGAGCAGUUACGUUGUUCUCAACCUGCUACACGUUGCCAAGUGGAUGGAUUUACAGCCAGUCGCGAUGGUCUGAUCUGCAUGGUCACGAGCUGCAUAACCUGCCACUUUGCAAGGCAUCACAAGUUGAACAUGCCAGAUAUACAUUGAUUGCCUGACCAGGCCUGUGCUGCAUCGGUCUGUGGAGAAGAGAUCCUAACUCCCAUGUUAUACCACAGCACUGUACAAUCCAUCUGCCCAUCCCUCCUGAUCACAGAGCUGUAAGAUCAGCCAAUAAUCGAUCAGUCGGCAUGUUCUUCAGUGGCUCGGAAUAAUACACGAGCCUGGCUCGAGAUGGAAUGUUCUGUUUCCCUCGCCGCCCCUUGGGCAUCGCGUAGGGCGCACCUCAACAGUGUACUCUUUAUGUUUGCUCAGAAAGCCAUGUUCAGUGUGUCGUAAUGUAACGAAGCCAAAACAAACAAAGACCCAGUGGAGUUAGCUAGCUAUGAACCUGUCAUGUGUAUGUGGCGUUGAGGAGGGCGUUCGGCAUCGGCAUGUUAAAUGACGACCAACCUGGGCUGUGCUUCACCAAGGAUGGUCAAUGUGUUUGCCAGAUAACUUCGACAAACUUUCAGAUGUAACUCCAAGGAACUCGAGAAGUCCACAGUUGUUCCUGAACGUUUAGAAAGGGUAGCUGGCUAUCUCAUUGAUUGUGCUUCAUGAAGUUGCCCCCUUGGAAAUAUGUCGGGUCAGUACAGACAUUUUGCUUACAUAUGCAGCUGAUCCAGGAACAUGGAACGUUACAGAACAUUCAGAUAGAAAAGUACUACAUAGACCCGAUCUGAUUCCCUGUUGUGUGGCGCAUGGGAUUGAGUCGGCUUUAUUCAUUCCAUUUCUAUCUGCGCUGUUCCAAAUGUUCCAUCCCUCUGGAGAAGCCUAUGCUAUUUUCAACUAAAGGGUGGAUGGGAACAUUUUAUUGCUGGUCCAUGUGUUCUGUGGAUGUGGAACACUUAUGGUUAUUUGGUGAAUAUAUUAUGGAGGAGUACAUGUAUAAAUUGCAAUUUAUUAGAAUGUUGAUAUUAGAUUAUAAGAAGAUAAAUGGCAAUGAGUAUUAUAUUGUAUCUUUAUCAAGGGUAUAAAAAAAAAUAAAGUUCACAAUGAGGAAAUACAAAA